CGCGUUGACGUGUGCAUAGCAGCGUUGUUAUCCUAGCCCGUAAACCUCCCACACCACACCUCCAAAGCUCGAAACUGCUCCACCGGCCAAAUGGUCCCGCUUGGGCGCCUUCCGGCGCUGCCGCUAGCGCGUGGCUCCACGCGCCGCCGCCUCCUCGCCGCCGGGGCCUCCGCCGCCUCACCGCUCCCAUGGCCGGGCCUUCACACCUGGCGCCGGGCCCCUCCCAGCGACCUCCGCUCGUGGGGCCCCAACGGGCCCUGCGCCCCGAACACUGACAAAGCGGGACCUCCAGAAGCCGCCGCCGGAGUUGGCCACGGCUCGUCCUUGGCCGAGAUGGGCGCCCUCGUGCUGUCCACCGCCGACCCCCUCGCCAAGGCGCACCUCACCCACGCCGCCUUCUCCCGGUGGGCGGCAGGCGGGCUCCCCGUGGGCCUCGCCCGGGCCCCGGACCACCCCGCCAGGCCGGAAAAGCCCCUCGCGGUGACUCAGAAGGAGGUCCCCACGCACAAGGCGAUGGGGGUGCCGCUAAACGCGUACAUGCUCCACAACCUGGCGCACGUCGAGCUCAAUGCCAUCGACCUUGCUUGGGAUACUGUGGUGCGGUUCUCGCCGCUCCGGGACACCCUGGGAGAUGGCUUCUUUGCGGACUUUGCGCGUGUGGCUGACGAUGAGAGCCGGCAUUUUCGGUGGUAUUCACAGCGGCUUGCCGAGCUUGGGUUCAGAUAUGGUGAUAUGCCUGUCCACAAUCUUUUGUGGAGGGAGUGUGCAAAAUCCGCAAGUGAUGUUUCUGCACGGAUGGCAGUUAUACCUCUAGUACAGGAAGCUAGAGGCCUUGAUGCUGGACCAAGACUAGUCCAAAAGUUAAUUGGCUUUGCGGACCAUAGAUCUGCAGACAUUGUGGCAAAAGUAGCAGAGGAAGAGCUUGCACAUGUUUCUGUAGGUUUAUAUUGGUUCCUGAAAGUAUGCGAAAUGAUGGGCCGUGUCCCUGGUGCUGCUUUUAGAGAUCUGAUAAAGGAGCAUGAUGUUGUAAUGAGGGGUCCAUUUAACUAUCAGUCUCGUGAUGAAGCUGGUAUACCUCGAGAAUGGUAUGACGAGGCGCUUAAACCUGAAGUUGCAAGCAAUCUUUCAGAGGUGCAUGAUAGGCUAGCAUGUGUUGUUGAGAUGGAGAAAGAGAAUGCUAGUUUGAAUGGCUAAAAUCUCACCUGAUGAAUACUUGAGAGACUUGGAAAAAAAACUCACUAAGUGUUCAAGUUGUUGACAGUGGGUCCUGCCUGCCAGUUGGCUUCACAAGCCAGGGAUUAGGGACGCACAAAGUUUCCUUAGCCUCAAAGUUUUUGAUGGGCUACAAACCCAUAAUUAGGAAUGCAAGUUGGGCAGGGGUAUCCCCUGCCCCAUCCUAGUUAUUUUGCUUCACAACUAAUACAAGGACUAUGGACAACAAUUAGCAGGAAGUAAACCACCAAUUGAAUGAAAUGGAUGGAUGCAUUGAUUGAGCCACUUUCAUCCCCUUUGCCAGAAUAGCGAUCCUGAAAAAAUUACAGUCUAAUAUACACCUGCUCAAACAUCAAGGACAAAAUGUACCUGCAUAUUCUUUUUUAUGUAUGUGCAUUCCACAACACGCAACAUGCAGACCUCAUGUAGUAAUUUUUCCUUAUUUUUUUUACUCAAUAUAAGUUUGA